AUGAUGUCACCUGGAACGACCAUGAAGGCUGUUGGAUCGUGUCUGUUGUUGUUUAUGCUUAUCGCCCAAGUGUUUGGUGCGUGUGACAUAGUGAACCGACGGGCAGAAUCGGAAGAGAUAGCUACACAAGAUCUCCAAUACUUAUACUCCCCAGGAUGGAGGGUUUCGUACUACUCAAGCAUGGACUGCAAAUGGCUUAUAAAUGGUUCGGAUACUGACACAGCUUUCCGUGUCCUUGUAGACGUGACAUAUCUCAGUAUUGAAAAUAGCCCCGGAUGUUCGUACGAUGGACUGUCCAUCUACGACGGAUCUUCGACCAGUGCCAGCCUCCUGGGACGGAUUUGUAACCGUUUGCCAACAGGGCGUAUGUACCUGAUGAGCGGUCAGUUCGCAUUGCUCAGACUCAAAUCCGACUCCAGUGUACAGGCGACGGGGUUCUCCGUGCGAUACCUGAAAUACAAGCCUACUACGCCAUCUACAGCGUGUACAAGUACCGUAUCCUUGACAGCAAGUACGGCACUGACCUAUCUGACGUCACCAGACUUCCCAAGUCAACAGGACGCGUUUUCCACAUGUACGUGGUUGAUUAGCGCUAGCAGUGGAUCCAGCACACUGACCAUCACGGUGGUAUUCCUGGACAUCGCGGGGGAGGAGUCACUCACGAUCUAUGACGGUUCUGACAAUACUGCUAGUCAACUAGUAAGUCUAAGCACUGACCGAACGACCUUCACUGACGCAACAACAGUGACCACCACUGCAGACAAGGCCUUUAUACAGUUUAGUACGGCUGUCAUGGAGUCUGUCAGGACUGGAUUUAUUGUGUCUUACAAUGAGUCUGCGUCGUCCGCAACAACAGUCGCCGCCACAUCUGCUUCCCCUCUCGCUGCUACAACGACAUACACAGCCCCCUCUUCAUGCGAUUCCGGCACAAUCACCGUCGCUGCUGCUUCCGGGUCAUCAGGGUUCAUCACUACGCCGGGUUACCCAGAAUUCUAUGGACAUAACCUGGACUGUAAUUGGCUGAUACAGGCGUCGUCAGGGGAACAAAUAUCUUUGAGUGCAGUUGAUUCGUCACUAGAGAAUAGUGAUGAGUGUAGCGGUGAUAAGGUCUCUCUGUAUGACGGUCCCUCCACAAAUUAUCCCCUCCUGGCUAGUUUCUGUGGGAGUUCGUUCCAGAGCGUUAACAGUACCGGAACAAGUAUUCUCAUAGUGUUCACAUCCGAUGGCUCGGCAUCAGACAGGGGCUUUAAGUUCCAGUAUACUGUUACCACACACGACACCCCGUCAUGUGUUGACACUGGGAAAAAUAUUACGAAUCUAAACGCAACGACUACUGUACAGUACUUCACCUCGGCAAACUACCCAAAUAACUACUCCAGCAACGAAGCGUCAUACUGGCUUAUCUACAACCCUUCUGGUGAGGGUGUUAUCAAGAUACAGGUGGAGGAUUCCCGAAUAGAGGCCAGCUACCCUUGUUCAUACGACAAGGUCACUCUUUACAAAGGGCCGUGUGAGUCAUACCCGGAGUUAGGAUCGUUCUGUGGCGAGGAAAAGCCGGUGUAUUAUCAAGACACAGGAAGCUACGUAUUUGUGACUUUUGUGUCGGAUACCAAUUACAAUUACAAAGGAUUCCGGGUCUCUUACGUCCUCGUCGAUGAGGUACCGUCUUCAGACAGCACCUAUCUGAUCGUCGGCGCCAUUGUAGGGGGUGUUCUUGGAGGAAUAGCCUUGAUUGCUCUUGGAUUUGCCCUUUACAAAGGAAUUAAGAAGUACAGGGCGGGAAAAACAUACCGCGCCGCAUCCAAGGUGUCUGUCGACAGUGACGACGAAGAAAACCAUGCCAAGCAGACGCCUCCACGCAAACCGACCAAGGGAGGACAGAAAUUGGACAGUCUCCUUGAUCAAAAGAAAUCAUGA